AUGGGUAUCACGGGUUUGAUGAAGUUGAUUUCGGAAGAGGCUCCAGAUUCGAUGAAGAAGUGGGAUUUAACGCAUUACUUUGGAGAAACUAUCGCAAUUGACACAAGCAUCUGCAUCUAUCAGUUUCUGGCUGCAAAUGGAGAUCUCAAAAAUCAUAACGAUCAACAAACCGGCCAUAUUCUAGGCUUACUUCAGCGAACUGCUAAAUAUUUAGAGGCCGGAAUCAAGCCAGUAUACGUUCUUGAAGGAAAACCUCCUGAAAUGAAGAAGGGAACACUUGAUGAAAGAAAAUUAAAGAGACAGACUGCAGAACAUGAAUUCAGAGGCAUUGCUGGGCUUCAGGCAGCUGAAGAUAUCAGGAGGACUAGUUCUGUCUCUAGCGUUUCUCGACUAACAAAGAAACCAAGGGUUGACGUUGCUUCACAAGCCUAUUGCGUACAAUCUUUGAUCAACGACAAAGAUGUACUUGAGGAUCCAAGUAAAGCUGCAAAGAUGAAAGAAUUGAUAAAAAGGACAACGAAGCUCACAAACACACACUUAAAUGAUUGUAAAAGGUUGUUUGGACUUAUCGGUAUUCCUGUCGUAGAGGCUCCCGGUGAAGCAGAAGCCCAGUGCGUCCAGUUAUGCAAAGAGAGCAAGGCGCAUGCUGUUGCCUCGGAAGACUCGGACUGUCUUCCGCUCGGGACGCCAUUACUUCUUCGGAACUUUAAGGCUGAUCAACCUGUGGAGGAAUACAAUACCACCAAUGUGUUAAAGGGAUUAAAGCUCUCUCUGGAAGAGUUUCUUGAUCUUUGUAUUCUAUGUGGUUGUGAUUAUUGUGAAAAAAUUGAAGGAGUGGAGAGCAAAGAGGCAUUGCAUCUCAUUCGUGAACACCGUAGUAUAGAAGAAAUUUUGAAGAAUACAGAAAGCAGGUUCCAAAUUCCUGAUGAUUGGCCUUAUGCAAAAGCUCGGGAGUUAUUCAGGGACCCUGAUGUUACAAAAGAUGUUGCUGACCUUCAGUGGACUGCACCUAAAGAAAAGGAACUCAUUACGUUUUUAGUAGGUGAGCAUGAUUUCAGUCAAGAUCGUGUGGAACUGGUAGUAAAAAGGAUUAAUAAUGCGAGAUCUCUAAGAUCGCAACCAACAAUCAAAAGCUUUUUCAAGCGAGUGUUACCUAAGAAGACACAACCGACCGUUGAAAGAUUUUUCAAGCCAACAUGA